UCUACAUUUAAUGGUAUCUGCAGCAAGAAUGGAAUCUGAGUCGACGACGUCUGGAAGUGAUGCGAAAUUGGACUCGAGCAGUGCGGACACUGCUCCUUCUGUUGAUAAUACUCCCGAGGUGUUGAACAAGGCACUGUCCGGCCUAUCUUCAAGAUGGAAGAACUGGUGGGUGCGAGGAAUCCUGACCCUGGCUAUGAUCAGUUUCUUCUUCCUUAUCAUCUACCUGGGCCCCAUGGUUCUCAUGAUGAUAGUUCUCUGUGUGCAGAUCAAAUGCUUUCAUGAGAUUAUCCUCAUCGGCUACAACGUCUAUCAUUCCUACCAUCUGCCAUGGUUCCGGACUCUGAGCUGGUAUUUCUUGCUGUGUGCUAACUACUUCUUCUAUGGGGAGACAGUAACAGAUACGUUUUUCGCCCUGGUUCAGAGAGAGGAGCCCUUGCGGAUCUUGAGCAAAUACCAUCGCUUCAUCUCAUUUGCUCUUUACCUGGCAGGAUUCUGCAUGUUUGUCCUGAGCCUGGUGAAGAAACAUUACAGACUGCAGUUCUACAUGUUUGGAUGGACCCAUGUGACCUUGCUGAUUGUAGUUACCCAGUCUCACCUGAUCAUCCACAACCUCUUUGACGGAAUGAUUUGGUUCAUUGUUCCAAUUUCUUGUGUGAUUUGCAAUGAUAUCAUGGCCUACAUGUUUGGAUUCUUCUUUGGUCGAACUCCCCUCAUCAAGUUGUCCCCGAAGAAGACCUGGGAAGGAUUUAUCGGAGGAUUCUUUUCCACCGUUCUGUUUGGUCUUGUGCUCUCCUACGUGAUGUCGGGGUACAAGUACUUUGUCUGUCCAUUUGAGUUCAACAAUGAUGCCAACAGUUUCACCGUGGACUGUGAGCCAUCAGAACUAUUCCAGCUGCAGGAUUACAGCAUCCCCUGUCUGGCCCAGACCAUUUUAGGCUCGGAGAGUAUCCGGCUCUAUCCAUUCCAGAUUCACAGCAUCGCCCUUUCCACCUUCGCUUCUCUCAUCAGCCCCUUUGGAGGAUUCUUUGCCAGCGGCUUCAAGAGAGCAUUCAAAAUCAAGGACUUUGCUGAUACCAUACCGGGUCACGGCGGGAUCAUGGAUCGGUUUGAUUGCCAGUAUCUAAUGGCCACCUUUGUGAAUGUCUACAUUGCCAGCUUUAUCAGGGGCCCGAAUCCGAGCAAAUUGCUGCAGCAGCUGCUGGCUCUCCGCGUUGACCAACAGCUCCAGAUCUUCAAGAGCCUGAAGGCCAACCUGAUCCAGAAAGGUGUCCUGCAGAAUGGAGCGUAGAGCUGACCCGUUCUGGUGCACCAGCCUGAGGAAUGAAUCCAGCCUCUGAACUUGCUCUCAAAACACAGUGUGUGUCCAAUCUCAUAUCCAACCAGCGAUUUUCGUACGUAAUCUUGAGGUUCAGAUUCCUUCCGACACAAAAGCUUCACAUUCUGGUCGAUGCAAUGAUCACGAAAGUACGCACGAGUUUAAUGAUGGAGUCUCAGCCCAUCAGCUGUUCUGCCACUGAUGUGCUGAGCCUGUGAUUAACAGACACACCCACACACACGCACAAAAUGCUUUUUUCAAAAACAAAGAUGCACCAUUGCUGUUUGCAAUGCAAAGCAAGUGAGGAGUUCUGAGGCUGAAUCAGAAACUGUGCAAAAAGGAUGGAUCUGGACUCAAUAGUAUACCAAUCCUAGCCGACUGUGCACCACUUGGGGAAUCUUGUGUUCAAGGUCUCACUGACUUUCCGCGGUUACUUGCUCUUUAGCCAGAAUGUACUCUUAGGGUGGAUUAGAUGUAGAAAUUUGGUGUAACACAGGCUGUGUCAUUUUGAGAAAAAAAAACCCACAUUCAAGUUUUAUGUUUGCAUUUGUAGGGCUUCUCCAGGCAACUGAGAGAGCUUUGAGAAUCGUGCUUUGCACUGGUUGUGUUCCUUUAGAUAGAUGGGAGGCAUGGAGAAACAAGUGGAGGUUGAAAAAGAGAAAGAGAGUGGAGCAGCAGGCACUUGUCAGUAGUGAGGUGUCGGAGUACCUGUUACCUGAGGGUCAGAGUUCCUGGGGUACCAUGUUAUACCCCUCACAUUCUUGAACUUGUUGGAUUGAGCCAAACUUUCUUGUUGACCCAUGGCUAAAACUGCUGUCCGUUUCUUUGGAAAUUUUCACAAACCGCGUAGUCUCAUCAAGAAAAAUAGCUCCACAGAUGGCAGUGUCCUCAGAGAUGAGUAAUGUCAAACAUUACCUUCAUACACAAAGAUCCAUCCUCUGUCCGUCUGAAAAGGAAGGUGUGAUCACGAGCAGUAUUUUGUUGUUAUCUGACCUCAGCACUGACCCACAUGCUGUUGCAAGGAGAAGUCGCUGUGCAGUAGUUUCCAUCACUUCUGUCAAUGAAUCCUUCCCUGGGGAGCUUCCAAGAACAGCCUGGAGGCCAUCCUUCACAUAUAAGCCUAGAUGGUGUCUGAUGCAGAUGGAGCACUUUCCCCCAGCCCAGUGUCCAGACAGCAAUGCUAGAUGGGGGUCAGGACCCCUCAACAAGCUGAAUUCUAACUGGUACAGCACAGCCUACAAUCCGGAUUCCCUGCUCUCUCUGUUUGAAUAAAGUAGACAGGGCAGAAUAGAUUCAGUGAACAAGAAUUGGGAUUUCUGCAUGUGUCACUGAUCAGCUGGUGACUGGGGCAGGUUUGGAAGUUGGCUCACCCUGCUGUUUCCAGCAACCUCCCUUUGCCUUACCCAGAGAAGAUGGUGAAGGGUCCAAGGAGACCGUGAUAGUCGUCUUUCUGUCAAGACCCCAAGUCAUACUCCUACACCUCCUGCUGCCCAACUUCCUGACCCUGACUCCCAAAGCCCGUCAUUUCACCGCAUUCGACCAGCUCAUAGCCAGCCAGAAGCAGUGCCCAGCUGCUGUGUUACCUACUGUAGUGUACAGCAGGUCCGGUCCACUUCUGAGCCCCACCUACCAUGCAUUCUCAGUGUGUACAGCUUCACACGCGAUGCUUAGUGUCUGGUCAGGGGAGACAGCCACGUUUCAAGUAAUUGUUGUACUGACCUUUUCCAGCCUUUGCUCGCUAAUUGCUUUUGGUUUUGAAGUGGUGAAUUUGGUGAAAGACCAGGUGUGCUUGCAGGAGGGUGCUACAUAUUAUUGGCUUCAGCUAUCUUGGAUUAUCAGAGAGCAUGCUGCAGCUUAGACCAGUACUUCAGCAUCAGCGAUCAGGCACUGGUAAAGAGGGGUUAGUUAGCUGGUGGACUGAAGGAAUAGGACAGGUUAAAAGGAGGUCAGAGUUGCUUCGGUCUGGGUGAUGUUGCUCAGUUUCACUCAUGUGAGGGAUAGAAGUGGGGGAAGAUGAUCUUAAUAACAGCUUGGCUCACUGGAGAGUGUUACUGCUGGCAAGUGGAAUAAAUUACAGCAGGUGGGGCCAACAGGAGAGACAUGUUUUGUGAACGGUGGACGAGAGGUCGUUGGUUGAAGACACAGGGCCAACUUGUCUUCAUCUGACUGGAAAGCACUGAUUGAGCUGGUGAAUUUCCCUCAGCAGGAAUUAGCAGCAUUAACUUUGGGAACUGAGAGGCAGACAAGGUCAAAGUACAUUAUGCAAUGAUCUUGAAACCAUUUUCACAAGGCCCCCAAUAUACCUAGUAGCUGCAUGGUUGCCACUUAAUUACUCAGGCUGUGGUAUGCACAGUCGUGGCUUGGUUUUGACAGCACCCCAGAAUGAUGUACCAGUUUAGGGAAGUUUCAACUUUGAUAGGACUGGCUAGUAGUGCUGAUUUUAUCGGAAAAUACAUUUGCUGCCUGACCAGGGAAAGAUUCUCAAUGCCAUUCUGCUCAAGAUGGAAAUUCUGACUGGGAAGAUAAAAGGAUGGUGUUGAUGUCAAAUGGCAGGCUGAGCCAGCUCUCUGCAUAUCUGCUGACUCACACCAGCUCACCGUCUGGUAAACUGCCUGUCUAUUAUUUCAACAUUUUCUGUCAUCAAGGAACAAUCCUCGAGGUGACAGAACCCCCUACCCCCCCCUCAAGGGAAAAGGGAAAUCCUCCCUCAUGGCCAAAUAUGAGAACCAACUCCUGCUUGUACAGGGUCAAGUGUGGGAAGCAAAUGCCCAGGGAAUUUGUUCAUCCACUGGCUGCACUGCACGAAGGAAGGAGAGACUGAACAAGUUCUGAGUUUCGCAGCUUCUCUUGUGUAUAAACUCAAAUCUGGGAUGAAAGUUGUCUCUCUGAAACACAUGGUAGCCAGCGCCAACUGGUUAACUUUGAAACCCUUAUCAGGAGUGAUUGUCCCUCCAUCCCUUUCUCUUGUCUGACUUGUAACUAGCUCCUGCUCAGCCUGCUGUGACUCCAGUCAGCACGGUUUCCGCACUGCGGCACCAAGUAUGUUUAGCAUGGGGUUUUGUUUUCCCCUUGAGACUCUUUGUUUGAACACUGAAAUUUUCUAUAGUUUACUUUUCUGAUUGGUUGAAUGUUUGUUGGUGAAAGUCUGCAGUAAGAAACAGGUUUCUGAAGUUCAACAUUUAGUUUGAGCAUGGAAGCCUGGGAGCCAUUGGAUGCAGAUUGACGGAGGAACCAAUUUUCCAGAAAUUGGUGUGGAAGAAGUUGGAUGGAAUGCCAAACCAACCAACAAACAAACAAAUAAUCACAUCCUGAAAUAUGCUGUUUGUUUUUUUGCUGAAGCUUGCGGAAGGACAACGUUGUUACACUGUUUAGAUUUGGUCUGUUACAAAAGCACUGAUACAAAUUUGAGUCUGAAAAGACUAUCCACACACCAUUGAACCAAAGUCCUUGUUUGAUUCAAACAGGCAGUAUCACCAUCAGCACUAAGUUCAAGCUGUGUUUGGUACCAUGUGCAUGGGUGAUGCAGCGUAUAAUUACAUCUUCUUAGCCAGCCCAGAAUGAGAACUGCAGAUGUGCAAACGUACAUUAACCCUUUAGAGACAGCACCGUCCUGAAAACCCUGCAGGUCUCAGCACCAGCAUGGAGCGAGAGCAAGUCAACAUGUGCCAAAGCUGACCUGUCACUAGAAUGCCAUUGAAGUAAGUCAUUUGAAGUUCUUUGCUGAUUCUCGCUGUGAUUGGGUUGUGAUGGGGAAUGCGGGCCCCAGUCACACAGGGCUGUACUCCAGGCAUUGAGUGAGGAGACAGGCCACAUGUGUUGGUGUCUGUCAGCACAGCAAGCUGAAGCUCCCCAGCAUCCUCAUCAUAACCUGUAGUGCUGGCAGACAAGGCCCUACACCUUGUAAUAAUGCGAUUGCUCCUCCCCAUUCCCACUCCAACCCAGGCACUGUGAGAGAUACCUGUUGGAUCAAAGCAGCAGCUGGGAACACCUGGCAGGUCUUUUGUGAACAUUUUGGGGUGAAGGGUAAUUUCUUCAAAAGCAAAACCUGGGAAUGACAAAGGUGUGGGUGUCAGGGGGCUUGCAGGAAUUGAGUAAAAUUCACAUUUCGGAAGGCAGUGUUGAUUGCAGUUUUGUGAAAACUCUUGAGAUGUGUUUUAAAUCCUUGAAUGAACUCCAUGCACUCUUGUGCAACAUGAAGACCCGAGUCAAUGCUGUGUCUCUUUGAUCUUGGAAAGGUUCAACAUGCUGCUUCUUUUGGGUUUUUGGUUGAUAAUGAUUCAGUCGUUGCAGAUAAUAUUCAUCAACCCGUUCAGAUCUAACAUAGCUCUGGAGCUAGGGGUAAUGAAUCUGGGCAUCCUCCCUCAGAGGUCGGGCCACAGCCACUGCAUUGCAAGAGAUCUCGUCAUUCCUUAUCGCAUCACAAUUCCUGUUUAGGAUGUUUUACUGCACCCACUUGGACAGGUUCAAUUGGGUUCAAAUGAUUCAGCUGCAAAUUUAACACAAGAACCUAAUGUGUGCUCAGGAUAUUGAGAAUGACGUGCUGGAUGGUAGUUUGGGGGAGUCAAGAUGACAAAUUGAGAGCGAGCUUUCUGCAGGAGUUGGGGAUUGUCCCAUCAAGGUGCCUUGUAAUCUCUCAUUUCUGAGAGGAAACGUGGACAGCAGUGGUGAACAAUACAGCCUGUGUUCUGCUGAAGGUGCAGAGCUGUGUUUGGGCAUUUCCUGGUGCACUGUUGCUGGAGACUGCAGCCAGCUCGCUGGCUUGCUGACAUUGUAUGCAUUUCACACCUCUGAGUGGUGACCUAGUCCAAGUUACUCCCUCCUCCAGGUAGGCCAAACAAAAACCCACCAGAGCAGCUUUUGCUCUGGUCCUGGAUAUGAAUCUCUUGCUGUCUUUGCUGAUAUGUCUGAAGCCAGUGAAUCAUGAGCAUGAUCAGUUUCCCUGUGCUUUAUUCAGUCUGGCAGCAAUAUGCUACAACCUCCACUUCAUGUCUUUUUGCUCUAUGUUACUUUGAUUGGCAGAAACUCGUACUUGUGCAAUCUCCUUUCAAAAAGUAAAUUUACCCAAAAAUAAAAUCAAAGCUGCAGUGAGCUCACCCAAAUGAUUUGUGAAUUUCUCGAUGAGCUACCAGCUUAAAUCAAAAUGGUCCGGCAAAACAAACUCCAUUUUUAGGAAGCCCCAAUUGAUAUGGGAUGUGGGCUUGCUGACCCAUCCCAAAUUCGCUUUGCUCGGAGUGACAGGCUUGGCCCAUUUCAGUGGGCAGUUGAAAGUUAGCCACAUUGUGGGUCUGGAGCAAGGAUAUCAUUGGACAGGAAUGCACCAGCUGGAUUUUUUAAUAACAGUUGAUAGUGGUUUCAAAAAGAAAGCAUCAACUGCCUGCAAUUCCAGAAUGAUCAAUUUAAUUCCACCAGAUGGUGUAAAGGGAUGAGUGUUCGCUCAGGCCUCAGGAUUAGUUAUGAAAUUGUCUCCUCUCUUCAAUCAAUUAGUGAUUUAAAGUUAAGACCAGCUAUUGGUCACCAGCAAUGUCCAGAGAGCAGGUGGACCAUAAUGCACACUUAACUAUUGCAAUGGCAGUUCCUGAUGUCCAAACCAGAGAGAGGUGAGUUUGGUGUCAAGUGCAGGAAGCCAGGACUGCCAGAGGAGGACAGUACAGCAGAAUGUGCUGUCAGACCUAACCAAGAGACUUACUGUGACGGCUUUACUUUCAAAACACAACCUACACUUUGGGUUUGAUUUGUGAGUUCCAGCCCAAAAGAAGCAGAUUCCAAGGUUCAACAUUUCCAACGUCAAACUGAAAUCGUGUUGAAAGCUUUCAGAGGCCAAAGCACAGCAUUAAUUCGGAACCAGUUACGUUGCAGAAUAGACUCACAGAUGUGUUUAUUUCAGUAAAGUGGUUGAGUAAAUCCUUAAUAAGUGCUUCAACAUGUGUGUCUGUCUGUGUGAAGUAUGAACUAUCCAAUUGAAGUGAUACCUGCUGUCAUGUGUUAUUGUAUAUGGGCCUGUUUUUAAUUCAACAUCAACUUUAAUGUGUGUGCGUGCGCACACGCAUACGUGUCUAAAUAUAUAUAUGAUGGUGUUAAAGACUACACAAUAUUUAUGUAUGUUGCAAAUAAAAAGAAUCAAGUAAAAAUGA